GUAUGCUAUGCCUCUUUCAACUUCAGAUACCUCUUACUAUUAAAAUUAAAUUGAGUUUCUAAUUUAGAAUUUCGGCUUGGCGCUUUAAAAUUUGUAUAUUUCCUCAACUAAAUCUUUAGUGGCAACCAAAUUUGUUGUAACAGAUCCGCAAUGGACGACACCCGCACUCUAAAGUACACCAUUAAGUGGGAUGAGUUCGAGGGAAUGCUCAUAACUGACAUUAACUUCAAGUAUUACGACAUGGUGAUAGAGUUCAUGUGGACCCAAUCUUUUUUGAAAAGCUUGGUGUUUGAGAGUCUCGGACUAUUCAAUCUGCCGGACAUGAAGGAGACUUAUUCCAAAUAUGUCCUUCACAUACUGAGAAACGAGUGUUCGGUGAUGAUGAUUAGCGAGGAUGAGAAGCAAAUUAAGGCCGUGGGUCUGCUCGAGUGGAUGACAGAGGAAUGGCACUCCUGGGUCUUCUUCCCCUCAUCGAUGCCCCGGAAUUUGUUUCAACAGAUCAUCAUGAUGAAGAAGGAGCUCAUCGAUGCCACCAAGGAGAACCUCGGCAUCUCCACAUACGAUGCCCUGAUGGUUCACGAGAUUGCCUUUCCGGACGAGCUGUACUUCAACAAGGACUUCCUAAUGGUCAUGUUCGACGCCUUCGCCUCGGUGGCCCAGCACAUGCACAUGCCCCGAGUGAGCUUUAUCGCACUGAGUACUGCGGACCAGGAGGCAGCAAGCCUGAUCGAGUACGAUGAGAUUGGACGCACCAUUUACUCCAUUUAUAAGGUGGGAAACACCCGGCCCUUCGAUAUCCUGCGUGAGCUGGACGAGAUGUAUGCGCUGCUCUUUGAGCUGCCGCUUCCUCCGCUUCUCAAGUACGUAGAUAUGCCCGGCUUUGAGGAGUUCCACGAGGCAUUGGAUGCCAGAUUGGCCAAGGAGGCUGCCGAAAAGAGGGAUGAUGACUUCUAGUUCCUGGGUUACCCCACAUGACGCCUACUUUUGGGCUCAGCUCUCGAGCAGCUUCCCAAAAACGCAAUGACUGGGAGCGGUAGUCGACGGUUUACAGCGACAGGCGGUACAUUUUCAAGCUGAUUUGUGAUAAGCUUAUCAUCCGAUCCCUGUUGUUGCGGAAAGUGGUUUCCGAUUGCGGUUUUGAUAAGGCCUCUCAGCUGCGUAUACACAGCGAGAAAUGUCACAAAACUAUCUAAAAUUUCGCGUCCUAUCCCAUAUUUGAACCUUCAAUAUUUCUGUGUAGUUUCGAAAUGUAUUUCUUUUAAAUAAGUAAAGCUUAUAUGCUUUUCAUAAA